AUGAUUCUACUAAUUGACUCCUACGACUCGUUCACAAACAACCUUGCCCAUCUCAUUGCCACUAAUUCCAACCAGCAAGUGGCCACCAUCCAUAACGAUGCAUUCCCCCCUUGUGAAUAUGAAAAAUUCUACACUGAAUACCUUCCCUUGUUUGAAUACGUGGUUAUUGGCCCUGGUCCUGGCCAUCCCCUGAUUGAAAAAGACGUUGGGAUAAUUAGUUGGCUCUUGCAGCGUAUGAAAAGUGCUAGCGAAUCUGGAGACACCGUUGUCCCUGUGUUGGGGAUCUGUUUGGGAUUUCAGAGCUUGUGCUACGAAUUUGGCAAUCCAGUCGACAAAUUGAAGAAUGUAAGACACGGACAAAUAUACGAUAUACAUCCUGUUGAAGACCUGGCUGGAUUAUUUGAUGGCAACGUGUUUGAGAGUGUCAGAUACCAUUCGUUAUUUGUGGGGAAAGUCAAUGAGGAAAUUGUCCCCUUGGCAUACUGUUUUGAACCGGAGCAAGACGAGAAGAUUCUUAUGGCAAUGAAACAUAGACUGCUUCCGUUUUAUGGAGUGCAGUAUCACCCCGAGAGUAUUUGUUCCAAGAGAGGAGAUGAUUUGGUUAAGAACUUUACUAAGAUUGCAACUGAGUAUAAUAGAAACCAUAGGCCAGACGUAUUUGACAAACAUGUUGAUUUGUCGCUGAAUUGGCUAAAUCAUCAUGCUGUUCACGAAGAGUAUUUGAUUGAAGGCGGAGAUCUCAAGUCAAACAAGCUUGAUCGGAUCUAUUUCAAGCAAAUAAAGUUGGAUGUGAAUGCAAUGGAUGUUUGUGAUUACUUUCAUAAUAGAGAUAACGAAAACGAUUUUGUGUUGCUUAAUUCAGCGUCUAUUCCAGGUGAAUGGUCAAUAAUUGGUCUUCCUAUCGAAGGGCAGAGUGAAGUAAUUACUCAUUCAGUGGAUGACAACAAAGUGCAUAUAUCUGCCUACAAGUCAGCAAGCCAGAACAACACUAUAACUGAUGAAACAGUGUGGAAGGUGAUUGCAAAACGUAUGCAAGAAAAGUUUGUUUCUCGAGACACUAUCAAUUCUACAUUGGGUGGAGUCCAAGGCAGAGCACUUCCCUUUCUUGGUGGAUAUAUGGGACUUAUCUCAUAUGAAGAAGGACAGCAUUUAAUAAUUGAAAAGUUGGAGUCGAUUUGUGGUGAAAACCCCACCCCUGAUCUUAAGUUGAUCUUUAUUGAGAGAUUCUUGGCUUAUGACCAUAUAAACCAAGAUUGGUAUAUUGUUUCCAUUAACAAACAAGAUGAUACCAAGUGGGGAGAUUCAAUAGCCGAAGAAUUGACCAGAGUUACUCCAAUUAAUAUCGAUAAUAUUCCAAUGACUGUAAAGUUCUUGGCUGAAGAUACUGACCAAGACAUGAUUAAAUUCAAGUUCCCCGAUCAGGACAUUUACGCCCAACAAUUUGCCAAAUGCCAAGAAUGGCUCCAUCUGGGGGACUCGUAUGAACUUUGUCUUACUACACAACUGAAAAUCCAAUUACCAAGCUAUAUAGACCCAUGGGACAUUUACAAAGUGCUCACACUUCGUAAGAAUCCUAGUCCAUUUUCCUGUUUUAUGCAAUUUGACGAUUGUGUGCUUCUUUCGUCUUCUCCAGAACGAUUCUUGUCGUGGAAGGAUGACGAGAAGAGCCAAGCUAAAAUGGCAGAACUCCGUCCUAUCAAGGGAACAGUAAAGAACACCGAUGAUGUGACUCAUGAAAUGGCAUCGGCUAUCCUCAAGACUCCCAAGGAAAUGGGUGAGAAUCUUAUGAUUGUCGAUUUAAUCCGCCAUGACCUUUUCCAGUUCCUUAGCUCUGUACAAGUGACCCAGUUGAUGACGGUGGAAGAAUACAAGACUGUGUUCCAGUUAGUCAGUGUUAUUCAAGGAUCUCUUGACAGACAAGGGUAUCAUGGAAUAGAUCUCUUGCAUUCGUCGCUUCCUCCAGGGUCCAUGACCGGUGCGCCUAAGCGAAGAUCUGUUGAGCUUCUUCAGGAUAUUGAGAGUAUGCAAGAGGGAAUAGUAGGUGGAAGAAGAGGAAUAUACAGUGGUGUUGUGGGGUAUUGGUCGGUCACUGAUGAUGCCGAUUGGUCGGUUAUUAUUCGACUGGUGUUUCAUUAUGUUGAUGAUGUUAAUAAUAGAGAUAAUACCAAAUGUUGGAGGAUAGGUGCAGGGGGUGCUAUCACAGUAUUGAGUGAUGCGCAAGGAGAAUGGGAAGAGAUGGAUGUGAAAUUGAGAAGUGCAUUACUGGCAUUUGUUGAUGAUGUUUAG